CAAUAUAUACACACACACAUAUAUACACACUUAGCUUCCUUUUCUUCUUACUGAUUUUCCUUGUGUACUACUAAACUUUUCACCCAAGUUUUCUUUUCCAUUCCAGAAAAAAAGUAGUUAAUUAAAUUUUGAAGAAUGUCGGGAAGAAGGUCAAGACAGUAUUCAAACGGCGCGAGUUCGAGGAGGACGAUAACGGAUGAUGAGAUAAUCGAACUCGUCUCCAAAUUGCAACAACUCCUUCCUCAAACUCGCAACACUAGUAAUACGACCCCGGCCUCUAACAAGCAGGCAUCAGCAAAUAAAGUGCUUCAGGAAACUUGCAACUACAUAAAGAAGUUGCAGAAAGAGAUGGAUGAUCUGAGUGUGAGGCUGUGCCAGCUGUUGUCCACCGUGGAUGCUGAUAGCGCCGAGGCUGCCGUAAUUAGGGCUUUAAUCUAAAUUAAUUAUGUUUAAUUAAGGAGGGGUUUAUUAGCUUAAUUUAAUAUUUUAAUUUGCUAGGUUGAGUCCUCUGCACGUGCUUAAAUCAGGUAUUAAUGAAUUAAUUAAUGAUGUAUUAUGGUCUGUGGUUAGCUAAAUUUAUUUGUAUUUUUCCCAAUUCUCCUAAAUUUAAUUUUCUAUUUUUAGUACUUA